AUGCUUGGCGCUUCCAGACGCGUAGUUGGAUUCAUUCCUCGGAGGUUACUAUCAGUGCGCCAAGUGCAUGGAGAUGGGGAUGUCGAAGAGCUUUUACGGUUUCACAAGAGCAGAGGCCAACAUAUUCUCGUCAACCCUCGAAUUCUGGACACCAUUGUUCGCAAAUCCUCCAUAAAACCCAUAGACACUAUCCUUGAAAUCGGACCCGACACCGGCACCGGCAACCUUACCCUCAGGCUUCUCGAAGCAGCGCACAAGGUUGUAGCCUUCGAAAUUGAUCACCGCAUGGUCCAGGUUCUCGAGAAGUGUGUUCUUCAACGUGGUUUCAUAAAGAGCAGCAUGGGUUUCAACCAAAAGCAGUCAGAGGCGGUGAACAAGUUCUGCCGCGCGGUGAUUCUGAUAGUGGUGUAUGCGACGCCGAUAGGAGGAAUAAGUACUCUAAUGGGGACGGGUGUGAAUUUGAUAAUAAUCGGAAUGUGGAAGAGCCUCUUCCCGGAUGCGAAGCCAAUAAGCUUCAAUACGUGGUUCUUCUAUGGGUUCCCUGUGGCUAUUCUCAUCCUCAUAUGUUUUUUGGUGCCUAAUCGGGUCGGGCUUUGUCUUGUUAUUUGGAUAGUUCACGCACUUGAUGAAAAGGCUAGAGCUUACUACAAUUUGGAGGGUCUUUGGACCCCGGGGACAAUUCAAAAUGCACCUAAUGGAGAUUUGUGA